AUGCCUGGAGUCUGUAGAAUCAUCCAGAACUUGGCCGGGGUGGGUAAUAAAUCAGAUCUGCCUGUGUGCCCUGUGGCUUUCGUGUCCUUCACUCUGGGGUACAGUGCAGGCAGUGUCCUUAUCAGACAGAAAAGUGUACUGGCUGGGUCUGGCUGGGCCAGGCACGCGUGGGUAGCCAAACCAGGAAGCCUCUUUCUGGUGGCGCUCAGCCUGAGGCUGGCUCAGGGGGGGACAGUGCUUCACAGCUGGGCGAUCUCACUAGUGGAGGGAACUGGUGGCCGCGACCUUGGUCUAGGCUCAGUGCUGGGAAAGCACCGCGCCCCACCGCUCCGCGCUGAGCCCCUCCGCCAAGCCCACCCGUGUCUCCCUGGGAAGGCAGAUGAGUCCACGCCAGGUGACAAAGAGUUAAGUCGGACCCGCCUAGCAACCCCAAACCACGGCGCUUCCGCGACAAAUCCAGCAUUUGGUGAUUUCAGUCCAGAUGGAGUCCUGUUUGGGCUGUGCAGCUCCCUGAAGCCUCCAAGAGCCGCAGCAACUGACCGGCCCGCCCAGGUCCUGUCCCCGCGAGGCAGGGGACCCCGCAGCAGGCCAGCCGAGGGUCAGGGGCACAAGCCUGGACCCCAGACAAGGCAGGAAACCGAGCGCCAGGGUAUUGAGGGAGAGCUGGACCCGGGCUGCGGAUGCAGGGGAGCGUUGCUAGGAGACAAGUGCUGGGGUGACAGGCCUGUGACCACAGUGUGCCACCUACUGAGCCCCCAAGCCCCAGGCCUGUCUUCUGCAUCUUUGCCAGCUGUAAGUACCAGAGAAAACAUCUGGACAAAGUCCAUUUGGCAAAGCAACCAGGGAGGCGGUCAAGGCCAGCAGCUCACAGCACUACGACCCCCACGCUGCAGUCCUGGCCCCUCAGCCUGGGCCUCCACUCCCCGCUGA